AUGUCCAAAACUGGUCAACAAGGACCUGGCUGUGACACCGAGAUCUACGGCCAAGGAGAUCAACUGAUUUUCCUGCUGUUACGUCUGAUCCCAUCAACAGGAAUUCUCUCGAAGACCUUGUGCGACCCAUAUCGCUUUAUUCUGAUCGAAGAGCCGAAGACCUGGUUGGAAUCACAGUCGUACUGCAGAGAGAAACACUUGGACCUGGCUACGGUUCAGAGCGAUGAAGACAGAGUCAAACUAAAGGAGGCAGCAGAUGCUGCGAACUUCGACUCUUUUGCCUGGACUGGGUUCUACAACGGCAUCCUUACUUGGCGUUGGUCUUAUAAAAAUGAGGCGAUAAGCUAUGUAAAGUGGGACUCCUUGGAGCCGGACACGUACCGCACACACGAGGCCUGUGCAUUUAUAAAGAAAAACGAACUAUGGGGUGAUACAACCUGCCUUGAAGAAAAAUACUUUUUUUGUCAAACUGACAAGAGCAUAAUCGCAGAAAAGUUUCAGUAUAUCCAAAUGAGCAUGAAGUGGCGUGACGCUCAACUUUACUGCAGAACGAAUUACAUAGACCUGGCCACGAUUACAGACGACACGGAGAACAAGGCCCUCGCAGGCAUCAUUACUGACAAUAACGGUGAGGACGCAUGGAUCGGCUUGUCCAAGAACUUGUGGCUUUGGUCAGACCAGACCAACGUGUCAUGGUCUUUGGUCAAAUGGGAGCCCGGACAGCCAGACAACAUCGAUGGUUGGGAAGAGUGUGCGAGUGCAGGUACUGAAGGACAGAUGGCUGACGUCUCGUGCUCAAAUCUACAGUUCUUCUACUGCAAAGCCCCUGAUGAUCCACCAGUUAGGAAAAUAAAUCUUGUCAGAGUUGCGGUGAAAUCAGCUGGAUAUCUGAACGAAUAUGCAGUAAUGGCAGCCAUUGAAAAGAAGGUGAAUCAGAUGCUCUCAGAGCAAAUGAUGGACACUGGAUCCAACGUAACAUGGCGAGUCCAUCCUGAUGGGAAGAUCUUCCAUUUGCAAGAAAAUCACACACAAAAGACAACAACAACAACAGCAGCAUGUGAAGAGAAAGAGCCGAUGGAAAGUUAGACACUCUGAAACGUGCAAUGACUUCUAUAAACAUUUAUGAAACUUUAGAGGUAUAUAUAAUAAAUGAGAUUAAUAUGUUUAACUACAUCACAUUUAAUGUUAUUGCUUUGAUGCUUUACAUACUGCACAAAUAUUUAUGAAUAAAAAUAAAAAUGUACA